AUGGGAUUGUGUUUAUCGUGCCUCCGCGGCUCCAGUGACGAGGACGACGUGAAUGAGUCGUCAUCGCUCUUGCGCAACCACCACAACAUCUACUCUAGCGACUACAUACAAGAGGCCGAGUUGCUCAAACAGCAGCAGAGACAACAGGAGCUCAACACCAUCGUCAACGACCUCUCCGACAACCUCAUCGACGUGUCGACGUUCUUGAACACCAGCACCGCUGCCAACUCGCACUACCCCCACCUCUACGCUGGCGACGAAAAGUCCCGCGUGGAGAAGGAGGUCGAAGCCUUGAACGACAACAUCAAGGACGCAUGCAAGAUCAACUUCACAGAAUCGUUGUUCUUGAGGCUCUAA